AUCUUGACAUUGAAUACAUCCAUGGAGAAUGAAAGGAAUGUGACAGAAUUUAUUCUGUUUGGGCUCACUCAGGACCCUAGUUUGGAGAAAAUUGUUUUUGUCAUGUUUUUCAUCAUCUACGUUAUAACCCUGGUGGGUAACCUGCUUAUUGUGAUCACCAUCAUUUCCAGCCAAACUCUGGGCUCCCCUAUGUAUUUUUUUGCUUUCUUAUCCUUCAUAGAUGCCUGUUAUUCCUCUGUUACAGCCCCUAAAAUAAUUGUCCACUCAGUGUCUGCAAGCAAAACUAUCUCCUAUGAAGGCUGCAUGACCCAGCUCUUUACAGAACACUUCUUUGGGGGUUCAGAAAUCAUUCUGCUUACAGUCAUGGCCUAUGACCGCUAUGUGGCCAUCUGCAAGCCUCUGCACUAUAUGGCCAUCAUGAGCCGCCGUUGGUGCGUUCUCCUUGUCAUGGUGGCCUGGACAGGAGGCUUUCUUCAUGCCCUCAUCCAGCUCCUUUUCACCUUCCAGUUGCCCUUCUGUGGCCCCAAUGUUGUUGAUCAUUUCAUGUGUGACCUGUACCCAUUGCUCAAACUGGCCUGCACAGAGACCCAUGUCCUGGCUCUGCUGGUGGCUGCCAACAGUGGGGCCAUCUGCAUGCUAAACUUCCUCAUGCUGCUUGUUUCCUACACAGUCAUCCUGCGGUCUCUGAAGUCCCACAGCGCUGAGGGGCGACGUACUUUGUCUACCUGCGGCUCUCACAUCACGGUGGUUGUUCUAUUUUUUGUACCCUGCAUUUUCAUGUACAUGCGUCCUCUGACUUUCUUCCCCAUUGACAAAACUGUAGCCAUAUUUUAUACUCUCAUCACCCCCAUGCUAUACCCUUUAAUCUAUUCUCUGAGAAACAAGGAAGUCAAAAAUGCCAUGAGGAAGCUCUGGAUCAAAAGGGUGACAUCUGUCAACUAA